AGUGACUUCUGCUGGUCUCUGCUGGGGCUUGGUGGCUCCUGGUGACCUCCAGUGUGACAUGGUGGUUCUCUGCUGGAGUGUGGAGCUUUCAUCUGGUUUCUGAUGGUCUCUGCUGGAGCCUGGUGACUUCCAUUGAGACUUGGAGCUCUCUGUUGGUCUCUGCUGGAGCCUGGUGACUUCCAUUGAGACUUGGAGCUCUCUGUUGGUCUCUGCUGGAGCCUGGUGACUACCAUUGAGACUUGUUGGUCUCUGCUGGAGCCUGGUGACUACCAUUGAGACUUGGAGCUCUCUGUUGGUCUCUGCUGGAGCCUGCUGACUUCCAUUGAGACUUGUUGGUCUCUGCUGGAGCCUGGUGACUACCACUGAGACUUGGAGCUCUCUGUUGGUCUCUGCUGGAGCCUGCUGACUUCCGUUGAGACUUGGAGCUCUCUGGUCUCUGCUGAAGCCUGGUGACCUCUGCUAGAGUUUGGAGAUCUCAGUUGGUCUGUGCUGGAGUCUGGUGACCUCUGGUAAUUUCUGCUCAUCCCUGGUGGGGUCUGCUGGAGACGAAUCUUCCCUGUAGGCCUCUGCUGGUUUCUGGUGAUCUCUGCUGGCCUGAAAUGACCCCUAAGUUCCUGGUGGCCCCUGCUUACCACUGUGAGCUCUUUUGGCCCUUAAUUGUCUCUGCUGGUCUCAGUUGACUCUUGUUGGUGUCAUUCGUGCCUCAAAUAAUCUCAAGUGGUUUCUGAGAGCCUAAAUCAGUCUCUGUUGGCAUUGAGUGACCUGUACUGGGCUCCAAGUAUGGGGGUACUGGACCAGUUUGAGCCAACACUCUGUGCCCCUCUCUGUAUGACCUCUGUCAUGACCCUUUCAGUCUCCCUGGAGAUGGCGUACAUCAUCCUCACUGACCCACAUUUGGCCCCCGCUCCCGGAGUGGGUAAGGUCGACCCAGGGUUGGAACCAGAGCCGUGGGGGAUGCCUCGUGCCGUGGCUGGCCUUGGCCAGACCCUGGGAGCAUGGCGUAUCCUCCAUCUUGCUUUCCUGGCCUUCAUUCUGGGUAACGUGGUGGGCAACUUGUGCCUGUUCAUCCGGAGGAACCCCAGCAUCCGGGGAGUGUUCCUGGCCAACCAGGCGGUGGGACAGGGCUGGAGCUACUGCUACGUGUGUGAGAGCCACGUGCCCCAGCGCUGCUCGCACUGCCACGACUGCAAGGUGUGCGUCCUCCGGCGGGAUCACCACUGCGUGCUCUUCGGCCAGUGCGUGGGCCACGCCAACCACCGCUUCUUCCUGUGCUGCCUGCUCCACAUGUGGCUGGGUCUCCUCUACGCUAUCUCCCUCAACGCUGACAUCUUCCUGGAGCUGCUGCAGGAGGGGCUCUCCCUGCACAGCCUCUUCCUCCUCUUCAUCCCCUGGGCCAUGCUGAUCACAGGUCAAGUGGGUGUCGCCACCUUCACCUUUGCGUUUGUGGCGGACACGUGUAUCCUGGGCUUCCUCUUCGUGUCUGCCUUCCUGCUCUUCCACCUGCAGCUGGUGUGGCACGGGCAGACCACACGGGAGUGGAGCGCGGGCCUGCGCGGACCCUAUGACCUAGGCUGGUGGCAGAACCUGACCGAGCUGCUGGGUCACCGAUGGUACCUGACCUGGAUCUGCCCCCUCCUGCCCUCCCCGCUGCCCGGCAACGGGAUCGCCUUCCAGAUCAGGCCCCUCCCGGCCCACGGGCCCACCAACGUGUACUGAGAGAGCCCGCCUCCCCGCCAACUCGGACGGUCUCCCCUCAGCCUUCGACGCUCCAGAGAAAACAACCCAAGUUUGUCUGACCUCUCCUCUAAUCCGGGCAGCAUCCUGGUGAACCUCUCCUGCACCCUCUCCAAAGCCCCCACACCCUUCCUGUAAUGGGGCGACCAGAAUUGAAUGCAAUGCUUCAGAUGCAGCCUAACUAGAGUUUUAUAAAGCUGCAACAUAACUUCCUGACUCUUGAGCUCAGUGCCUCGACUAGUAAAGGCAAGCGUGUCGUACGCCUUCUUUACCUCCCUAUCGACCUGUGCGGCCAUUCUCGGAGCUAUGGACUUGGAGCCCAAAGGAGAUUAAAAGUUCUGGAACCAGUGGAGAUUAUGGGAGAGCGAAACGUGUUUUGAUCUCAAAAGCAUUUGUUAACUGGGGAUUGCACUGAUUAUAAUCUGUUGACCUUGUGUGCGCUCUGUGUUUUAUGAAUGUCACAAUGUAUUGCUCAGCAGAAGCGGCAGACUGUGGCGUGUUGAGUGAACUUUUGCCGGCUGUUUGACUGGGGGGGGGGCGCUUGUGGCCGCAUCCAAUCUUGGACUCCCCUGGGAUGUGACCUCCCUGAAAUAGGGCGUUCAGGGUGCGAGGAUCUGACGGAGUGUGCGCGUAUAGGCUCGGGACUGGCCGCCUUACAGCCGGGGUCGGAAUCACACGGAACCACAACGUGACAAUGGUUAGACUUCCUCUUUAUUUCUGAAGGAGGCAGAGAUGGGGCAGGGGAGGCUGGUGACUUGAGCCCUGUGUUUGCCGCGUCUCUGCCUCACGCCUUCUCAUGCAACUUGCUGUGUGCAGCCGUCUGCAAGAGAACAGGACGAGGGUUACCCUAGACAUGAACACCCCGGGCUGGGCACCUGCCACCCCCAACCCUCGCCACGACAGAGGGCUGCCAAUCAGCGCGGUUUGUCCCCUCUGUGUAACAUCUCGGGGUGGAUGCACAGUCUUUUUCCUAGUUCUUGACUCCAAGAGCACAUAGGGUGAGAGGAAGAGAUUUAAUAGGGACCUGAGGGGCAACUUCUUCACCCAGAGGGUGGUCCGUACAUGGGACGAG